CGAGUCCAGCGAGCAAGGAGACGAUCCAUCAUGGUCAGAAUAUCCAGUGUUCUUUCGGCCGCCGUGGUCUCUCUUGCGAGCGGUGUACUUGCCCUCGAGGAACGGGCCACAGGAGGUUACGUCCAGAACCCCUCCGGAUCUGCCUCCUUCACAAUGUAUUCCGGCUGUGGCUCUCCAGCUUGUGGAGAGACCGCGUCAGGAUACACCGCAGCAAUGAACCAGCUCUCCUUCGGCGCCGGGCCAGGCGCGGGUGCCGGAGACGCAUGCGGGCGCUGCUUCGCGCUCACGGGCACGGCGGACCCGUACUCUCCCUCGUACACGGGGCCGUUCCACACCAUUGUCGUAAAGGUGACGGAUCUGUGCCCCGUGGCGGGCAACCAGGAGUGGUGCGGGCAGACGACGAGCAACCCGAACAAUCAGCAUGGCGAGCCGGUGCACUUCGACAUUUGCGAGGAUACCGGCGGAGCGGGAGCGUUCUUCCCAUCUGGACACGGUGCUUUGACUGGCACGUAUCGGGAAGUGUCGUGCAGCCAGUGGUCGGGUUCUGAUGGCAGCCCUCUCUGGACCGGUGCCUGCCUCAGCGGCGAGUCGGCGGCGAACUGGCCUUCUACUGCGUGUGGAAACAAGGGAACUGCCCCGUCGUGAAGAGGGGGGUUAUGAAGCCAGGCUGGAAGAAUAAAUGCUGGUAGUAGUCGCAAGUUUACGAGACGACAUAUAAAAUAGAGCAUCGUUGAGCCUAUUGAUCGUGAUGCGUUUCCUUCAUUCAUUACGCCUAAGCCGAGAGAGCAACCGAGGAUUGAUCAUGG